GUGUCAGGCAACCAACGGCCGGUGCCGCUGCGGGGGUCCCGCGGCUUCCGUUCCGAGAGGGCGGGGCGGCGUCCCAAAACGGAAGGUGGUUGUCGUCUGUGCCCAAGCUGGUUUGAAACUAGGGGUCGGGCUCGGCCGUCGUCGUUGUUUGUCGCCGCAUCCCCGCUUCCGGGUUAGGCCGUUCUUGCCCGCCCCCUCCUCUCCUCCCUUCGGACCCAUAGAUCUCAGGCCCGGCUCCCCGCCCUCCGCAGCCCACUGUUGACCCGGCCCGUACUGCGGCCCUGCGGCCACCAUGUCCCUGCACGGCAAACGGAAGGAGAUCUACAAGUAUGAAGCGCCCUGGACGGUCUACGCGAUGAACUGGAGUGUGCGGCCCGAUAAACGCUUUCGCUUGGCGCUGGGCAGCUUCGUGGAGGAGUACAACAACAAGGUUCAGCUUGUUGGUUUAGAUGAGGAGAGUUCAGAGUUUAUUUGCAGAAACACCUUUGACCACCCGUACCCCACCACAAAGCUCAUGUGGAUCCCUGACACAAAAGGCGUCUAUCCAGACCUACUGGCAACAAGUGGCGACUAUCUCCGUGUGUGGAGGGUUGGUGAAACAGAGACCAGGCUGGAGUGUUUGCUAAACAAUAAUAAGAACUCUGAUUUCUGUGCUCCCCUGACCUCCUUUGACUGGAAUGAAGUGGAUCCUUAUCUUUUAGGUACCUCAAGCAUUGAUACGACGUGCACCAUCUGGGGGCUGGAGACAGGGCAGGUGUUAGGGCGAGUGAAUCUUGUGUCUGGCCACGUGAAGACCCAACUGAUCGCCCAUGACAAAGAGGUCUAUGAUAUUGCAUUUAGCCGGGCCGGGGGUGGCAGGGACAUGUUUGCCUCUGUGGGUGCUGAUGGCUCGGUGCGAAUGUUUGACCUCCGCCAUCUAGAACACAGCACCAUCAUUUACGAAGACCCACAGCAUCACCCACUGCUUCGCCUCUGCUGGAACAAGCAGGACCCUAACUACCUGGCCACCAUGGCCAUGGAUGGAAUGGAGGUGGUGAUUCUAGAUGUCCGGGUUCCCUGCACACCUGUCGCCAGGUUAAACAACCAUCGAGCAUGUGUCAAUGGCAUUGCGUGGGCCCCACAUUCAUCCUGCCACAUCUGCACUGCAGCGGAUGACCACCAGGCUCUCAUCUGGGACAUCCAGCAAAUGCCCCGAGCCAUCGAGGACCCUAUCCUGGCCUACACAGCUGAAGGAGAGAUCAACAAUGUGCAGUGGGCAUCAACUCAGCCCGACUGGAUCGCCAUCUGCUACAACAACUGUCUGGAGAUACUCAGAGUGUAGCAUUGGUGGCGCUGUGCCCACGAGGCAGGGGCUUUUGUGUUUCCUGCCUCUGCCCCACCCCCAAAGUAAGAAGAAACAUGUUUCCAGUGGCCAGUAUGUCUUUCAUUGCUUUGCACCCACUGUUACCAGAAGCUGCUCUAGGAGUUCCUGGCCAGUUACCCCAUCGCCCUCUGUGGCAGACUCAGUGCUGUGUGGCGCCUCCUCAGCCCAGGGCUGAGUUUUAAGAUUUUCUCUCCUUUCCUCUUCUCCUUUGGUUCCUCAAUUAAAAAUGUAUGUAUAUUUGUUUGUCAGGCGUUGUGUUGAGGAGCAGUUCACACACUGGCUGUGUCUAUUCCUCUGCCCAGGUGUCUCUGUCUGUUUGCUGCCCAAGGCAGCAGUCCACGUCUCAUCCAUGUCCAUGUUCGUGUUAGCACUUACGUGGGAACAAAUACCAAUUUGUCUUUUCUCUUAGUAUCAGUGUGUUUAACAAAUUUUAACUUUGUAUAUUUGUUAUCUAUCAGGCUAAUUUUUUUAUGAAAAGAAUUUUACUCUCCUGCUUCAUUUCUUUGUCUUAUAGUCCUCCCUCUUUGCACCUUCUUCUCUUCCCUCAGUGCCUGGAGCUGGUACUGGUCCCCUGGCCCCAUGAGCAGUUUGCCUUCUUGAGUCACUGCCUGAAUAGUACAUACCUGACCGAGAGUCCAAACCACCUUGGUGCUCUGAAGUCCACUGACUCAUCACACCUUUCUUAGCCUGGCUCCUCUCAAGGGCAUUCUGGGCUUCUAAACAGACAUAGGAAGCCUCUGUUUACCCUGAAGCACCACUGUCCAGCCCCAUUGGUUCCCACUGGGAGCAUGGUAGAGCUGAGAGAGACAGGCUGUCAGGGUACCUGACUUGAGGGGAAUCAUUUCAGGAAGCUGAACUUCAAGCAUAUUUCCAGUACAUUCUUUCAGAGUUUGUUUUUCCAUCCAAAUAUAAGCCCCAGGCCAUUCCACUUAGUGUCUUUUCAAUGAUAGGCAAGAAUGAUAUCUGAGUUGAACUUCGGUGCUUCUGUUGGUUGAGUUUACUGUGCCUGGUGGUAUAUUGGGCAUUCUUUGGAUUGAGUGCUCUGAGGUGAGAGAGUCUUCCCGAGAGGCAUCCUGUCUGUGCUUCCAACCCUGAACAAGACCUUACAUGAGAGAUGGACUGAUGGACUGCGGCAAUCCCGGGCUGUCAAGUGGAUAGAUAGUUAAAAAGCAUACUGUGGGUAAUGAAAAGGGAGGAAAAAAAAAAAGAAGGAAAAGGCAUUAUAGACCCCCAGGGUCAGCCAGUUAAGAGCUCUACCCACACCUGUCAACCCCUCUCUCCCCCAGUUUAGGUUCUGAGCAGUAUUAGACUUGCAGCCUGCAGUUGUCUUUUGACUUGCAGGCCGCAGGUGUCUUUCCGUUAUGUGAAUGAGUUCCGUGGAGGGGCAUGUGUGUGAUUCCACCGUUAGAUGAGCCCUUGGGGCAGGCAGUUUGGGACGUGCUCUUGGGGGAAAGUUGGCUGGUUCCUUGCACUCUGCUCCUACCUGAAGGUUUUUAAGUCCGUCUGAAUUGCUCAUCUGAGAUUAGUAGAGUAGCAGGCCUGAAGAACGAUGGUUUUGUCCUCUUUUGCUCUCACCUGCUUGAGAAGUAAAACAGUAACUUUGUUCUUCUGGGCCCUUAAGCUUUUUUGGUUAAGUCUUCCUUUUCAGAAGUAGAUGUCAUUAUAUGCCAAAAGUCUAGCUCUUUGCUUUACCAUACAGGGACCUGUCCCAAAGAAAAAGACUUUUUUUAGCCAGUGUAUUUCCCCUUCUACCCUUUUACUUUGUUGUUCUGAUUUUAGGACUCUGGCUGGCCAUGUGCUUGUGGUUGCCUCUCCUGCAUUUGCCACUGGAUUUGCACUGCAUCAUUUGGAGAUACAAAGCGAGCAGUUCUUGGUCAGAACCCUCCUCUGCUUUUCAUUGUGUUUGUUAAUGGUUACUGGGUCCUUCUCUCAAGGGUAGCAAGGCCAAACUGAUGGCUGCUUGUUUAGGAGGCCAUCAGUUCCUUCCUGUGGAGAAGGGUCUGAAAUGGAAGUCAGUGGUAGAAGGGGCUGGUCUGCUGGGCAGGGCUUACAUCCACUGAGUUCUAAGAUUCCUUUCCUGAUCUGCACUUAGACGCCUGGUCUGUAUGGUGGAAUUUGUCAGCUGGAACUCAAAAACAACAACUUGAAAAAAAAAUAAUAAUUAGAACAUAUUUGCAUAAGAUAGCUAUUUACUCUGGAAACCAACAACUUUUGAGAUUUCCCUUGCCCUGUGGACGCCCAGCCCCUGUCAUCCUUCCUUAGGUUCUGCAGUGCAGUCUUCCCCUGAAUGCCACCGGGGACCCAGGGGAGACUCCACCCCUCUAAGCAAGCACACACAUACUCACAGUUGAUGAGUUGCUGGUCUUUGAGUCCUAGCUCUCUUACCCUCCCUUUACUCCACCAGCCCGACGACCCAUGACUGAGGAGGGGAUUUCUACAGUCUCAGGAUUUAGAAAGCCUCUAAGCCAGCCAUGCUCCAGAAAGCACCGAUCUGUUGUAGUUGCAAAAACAACUCUCUGUAAUUUGUUGAGGUUCUCAAAUUGACAGCCAGCGAGACUGGGUGGGAGGCCCUGGAUCUGUUCUCCCUGACUGCGGGAGGAGCAGCCACUAGGACUUUACCAGGAAGCCCACAUGGAAGCGCCGCCAGGCUGUGGCCCAGCUGGUGAUGGCCCUUUUGCUCCUGGCAGCCUGAGGCACAGCUGCCUGUAUUGUCCUCAUCUGUUCUGACGGAAGGAUGGAGGUGCUGAAUAAAUUAGGCCUCAGGCCUCUACCACCAGAGAGCUGGAGAAUGGGUCCACGUCAUUCAAGACCUGAAUUUUUUAUGCUCAGGAGCAUUGGAAUCCUCUUCUUCAGGGAGGAAUUAGCCUACAAGGUUAGGACUUGAAGAGGGAAGAUAUUUAAUAACUGGGCGAGGCUGGGCGUGGUGGCUCACACCUGUAAUCCCAGCACUUUGGGAGGCUGAGGCAGCCAGAUCACAAGGUCAGAAGAUCGAGAGCAUCCUGGCUAACACGGUGAAACCCCAUCUCUACUAAAAAUACAAAAAAAAAUAGCCGGGGGUGGUGGCGGGUGCCUGUAGUCCCAGCUACUUGGGAAGCUGAGGCAGGAGAAUGGUGAGAACCUGGGAGGCGGAGCUUGCAGUGAGCCGAGAUCGUGCCACUGCACUCCAGCCUGGGCGACAGAGCAAGACUCCGUCUCAAAAAAUAAAAAAUAAAAAUAAAAAUAGGUGAAAAAUCCUUAUAAAUCCAGGAUUGGCUCUGAGAGAACUGGCUAAGAUUCAGGAAGAAACAAAAAAUUCAGAAUCCUACAAGGUUUUGAUGACAAUUAGGGCCGAAAUUUUAGGAGGAGAUGUAGGAUGCAGGAGAAAAUCAAAGUGUUUUCUUUAAAUCAGAGGAGGAAAUAGUAGAGGUCAGUGAAGGUCUGGGGUAGGGAAACAUUCAGACUGUCCAUUGCAUGGCUGUGGAGUGAGACUGCCCUUAGCCUGGGUCAGCCUUCCUGGGCCAUAAAUUGGGCAUCCGUGAUGCUAGGUAACUAUGGGAACAAGAUGACAGCUUAGAGCAGCCAUGGGUGAUGUUUGGUGUAAAAAACCUACAGGCAUUUGGGGUCCCAUGAUUGUUCCAGACCAUGGCUCUUCCUGGUUGUGGGUUUGUUACAGAGCAGGAGAAGCAGAGGUUAUUACGGUUAUGCAGACUUUCCCCCUCCUUUUUCUCUUUUCUCUUCCCCUUGCUUUUCCACUGUUUCUUCCUGCUGCCACCUGGGCCUUGAAUUCCUGGGCCGUGAAGACAUGUAGGAGCUGCAGGGUUUACCACACGUGGGAGGGCAGCCCAGUACUGUCCCUCUGCCUUCCCCACUUUGAGAAUAUGGCAGCCCCUUCCGUUCCUGGCUUGGGGUAGGGGAGACCAUUGAAGUAGAGGCCUCAAAGCAGACUUUUCCCUUUACUGUGUGUACUCCACGAUGAAGAAGGAAGAUCGUGCUUGAUACUUAGAUUGGUUUUCCCAGGGAAGAGGGCGGAGCAGAGCAAAGUCACUGUGAACCCUGGGCCAGGCCCUGGCUGGGCCAGCUCCUGAGAGCGUCUUGUGUUACAGACCCUUGCCCACUUCACCCACCUGCACCUUCUCCCCCUCCCACAGUGUCACUGCUGCUAAUGGUCAAAGUCAAAUGUGUGGCCACAUGAGAUGGGCCAGGUCCUCUGAGGCCACUUUCUGGAUGUCAUUUUUAAAAUAUGGAAGCAUGCAGGUGCAUUCCCAAAGAGGCUUGGACUGGUAUAUCCAACCAGAAGCAAAUAAGCUAAAGAAAGUUUAAACUCAAGAAGAAAGAUGUUGACAGUCUAUGUAACAGCUGGAAAGUUUAUAGGCACCCACCUUUCGGACAACCCAGUGAUUAUGAACAUGUGUUAUCUACUAUUUAAAAGAAAUGUUCUCACCUCGGGUUGAUUGUGGUAUACCAUGUGUUAUGAAAAUUGUUGAGCUGAAGCUUUGAAUCGAUUUAGUUGAGUCUGACUCGCUUGCUUUGGUUCCUGUGUAUUUUACUACCCCUCUUGUCAGUGACUUUCCCUCCCCACCCCACCGAGAGUGAAUUUGUAGCAUGAUUGUGUAAACCUCUAUGUAGAAAAUGGAGAUUUCUUGCUCUGAAAUGUUAAACUCUAACUGAUCCAUUUCUGUGCCCUUUAGCCUAGUAUGUCUGAACUUCCAUUCUUGUUAUAUAUUUAAACUGUCCCUCUAUAUUAUAGGUUUUGUGGCAUCCACGGUCAGGUGGAGAGGAAGCUGCCCCUUGCAGAACUGUACUGUAAUAUUUUUCUUUUAUAAAUAUUUUCACAGGACUGAUUGUACACAGGGCUUGUAAUAAAAUUUUAACACUGUGCUGUGAAACAACUAUGGGGAAUCUCCAUUGAAGGCUACUUCAUGGGCACCUGAAAGUGGAGUGUUAUAGCUAUGACUUUCUAUUUCUUGUUUCCUAAGUAAAUUAAACCUAAUUUUCACCCUUUCAUUCUGUUUCAGCCUCCUGUAUAAGAAGUACCGUAUUUUCUGCCCAUCAUACUUUGUAAUAAAACUUGAACAUGUA